AGGAUGGGCCCGAUAAAGGCAGCAGUGUACGACGCCCUGAUCAUGUUCCUAUGGAUGUUCUGCGUAUCCACGGUGAGUAUCUUCACCCUCAUCGCUACCGCUAUCAAUGUUCACGGCUUCGCCCCUAACGUCCUCAUCACCAUCGGCCUCAUCGCCUCUCUUAUAUUCAUCUUCAACAUCAUCUGCGAUGCUCUCGGUGGUGCCAGCUUCAACCCCACCGGGACCGCCGCGUUCUACGCCUCCGGCUAUGGUGAUGGCACCCUCAUCUCCAUGGCACUCCGCUUCCCAGCCCAGGCUCUUGGCGCGGCCGGGGGUGUUUUGGCGAUCAUGGAGUUCACGCCUCCCCAGUACAAGCACAUGCUUGGCGGGCCCUCGCUCAAGGUCGAUGCACACACCGGUGCCAUCGCUGAAGGGCUUCUCACCUUCCUCAUCACCUUCACUGUCCUUUGGAUUAUCAUCAAGGGCCCCAGAAAUUCGGUCAUCCAAGCUUGGCUGCUCGCUGCCUGCACUGUUGCUUUUGUUAUAGCUGGUACUGGCUACACGGGACCAUCUAUGAACCCCGCCAAUGCAUUUGGCUGGGCAUAUAUCCACAAUCGUCACAAUACUUGGGAGCAUUUUUAUGUUUACUGGAUCAGUCCCUUUAUUGGUGCCGUCAUGGCAUCUUGGUUAUUUAGAAUUAUUUUCCCACCACCUGCAGCGAAGGUUAAGAAGGCGUGAUAAAUAUAGACCCAAUGUUGGGAAAACUAGAUCUUAUGUUGCUUUAUGUGGAAAAUAAAUUAGUGUCAUUGUUAUUUAGCUGGUAGAGGUGAAAUAAGCUGCUUUACCUAUGCUUAACUUCUUUUCCCAGGCCUUUUGUGUUAAUUGAUCCAUUUGUCAAGCUAAGAAACGCCAAACGAUCCAUUUGAUUGUGCAUCUUCACUAUGCUGGCAUGAUAUUUUUCAAUUUUAACUUC